ACACUUGCAGCAGCAGCAGACAAAUUGAGGAAAACAAAAAAAUAAAAAUUAAUUUAAAGUGUUAUUCCCAUUUGCAACUGCAGCGGCAAUUUCAAACUAUGGACACGGCCGAAUCCACACCGUUCAAGCUGAAGAGGAAGGACAAAGAUGAAGGCAAAGAUCACACAGAGCCAAAACAGGAGAAGAACAGUGGAGAGCCUCAAAAGAAAUUGUCCCGCCUCAGUGGAACGGAGCUUGAAUUGAAUAGUACAUAUCAAAGCACAGAAUUAACCGAAUGGCUACAUGAAAAGUGGUCUGGAAAGAACGCGGAUGCCACGGAGGAUACAACUGGUGCACAAAUAUAUGCUGAGCCAUUUCAAAUAUGCUUGCUACCCGGGAUGCUUGCGCCGGGCUCUAGCAAGACCUUGGUCGACGAGAUGAUUAAAAAGGUGCAAUGGUCACGAAAACAAAUGGACCUUUACGAAUUCUACCAGAGCACUGACUUGUCCAAUAUGCCAGAAUGUCGUCUGCUUACAAACUUCCUACAAGUGCUGCGCAAGCAGGUGCGUCCCUGGUUGGAAAAGGUGACAAACCUGAAACUUGACUAUGUGUCGGCAUCAUGUAGUAUGUACACUUGCGGUGAUUACCUUUUGGUACACGAUGAUCUGCUUAAGGACCGACAGGUGGCGUUUAUCUACUAUCUCUCCCCGUGGGAAGGAGCUGAAGAGUGGAGCGAAGAACAAGGCGGCUCUUUGGAGAUUUUCUCCAGCGAUGGUCAGUGCUAUCCUCAGUUUCCGGUUCACCGCAAAAUACCACCAAAGGAUAAUCAGUUUGCCUUCUUUAAAGUUGGCUCGCGUUCAUUCCAUCAAGUGGGUGAAGUGACCACCUUCGACUUUCCCCGUCUAACGAUAAAUGGCUGGUUUCAUGGCGAAACAAAUGAAGCAUUUGUUGCUGAGUCGCUACGAGAUUUUCCCAGGCUCAGUUAUGGCGAUCCAGUUAACGGACACAGGCCCUCACUUAAUCUGCUACUGAACGAUGUAUACCUGAAAACAGCUACGCGGCGCAGCAUCCAGAAACGGAUUGAAGAGAAUUCCGAAAUUUGCCUUUACGAAUUUUUUAAACGUGAGAAGUUUGAACAGGCUCGCACACAACUUUUAACCGACUCCAAACUUGCUUGGCGACGGCAAGGACCAGCCAAUGCGCACAACUACGAAAUCCUAGACCUGAGCACAGCUAGUGGAAUGAUCCAGGAACUGUUGCGGCUGUUUCGCAGUCAUCCCAUGUUCGAUUUGUUGCGCGACUUCACCGAUUUGGAUUUAGCCGGCCCAGAGGCUGUCAGUCCCAGCUGCUGUGUGGAGUUGCAGCGUUGGUCCCACGGCAACUACACUGUCCUAGGUGACGGCCUAGUUAGCGAAGAGAAUACCCUGGAUUUGGUCUACUAUUUAAAUGCUGCAGAGGGUGCAGCAGUCAUUACAUAUCUGUCACCCGAAGCAGAGCCUCCGACGAAUGGCAUGAAUACCGCGAGUACUUCAUCCGAUCAGGAAUCGGAUGACUCGGAUUCUGUGUUACUGACCAUAACACCAGUGGACAAUGCCUUAAAUAUUGUAUAUCGCUGCGAAGGCACCACAAAAUUUACCAAAUAUGUUUCACGCAACACGCCACUUGACAAAGGACCCGUAUUCGUGAUGUCAUGUAGUUACAAGGAGUAACCCCAUUUAACUGAACGCUUAAUUUGUUAGCGCACAAUUCGUGUUGUUUAUUCACUUGCAUUAAAUAAAAAAAUACAUUUACAGACGGUUUAUUGUACAGAAAUAUUGCCAAAUAAAGCGAUGUAAUAAUACAUUUUAAA